AUGAAGCUCAGCCUCGCAACUGUUGGAUGCGUCCUCCUUGGCAUUGCCGCUGCCUUCCCUGAGCCUGAUCUUAACGCCCGGGGCGGCAAGACGUCCUGCUCAAGCUGCAAAGAGAGAGACACUUGUGGCAAAACACAUGGCUGCCACUGGGAACCCAAGUAUGAGUGCAAGAAGAAAGAUGACGCGCCUGGUCAGGGAAAAGAAUGUUCCAAGGGGGGUAGAGCCGACGACGAGGAU